AUGACAACAAGUGCAACAACACCUGCCGCACCGCCGGUCAAUGGCUUUACAAAUGGAAAUUCCACCCAACGUUCAAACGGUUAUCAUGAUGAGAAGGUCGAUGUAUGUGUUGUUGGUGCUGGGCCUGCGGGUCUAAUGCUUGGAUCUCUGCUUGCAAGAUUUGGUCAGAAUGUCGAACUCAUAGAUGAAAGGCCCGACCAGACGACAGUUGGCCGAGCUGACGGAAUCCAGCCCAAGUCCAUUGAGACUUUUCAGAUGCUCCGGAUAGGCGACGAGUUGCUUCGUACGGGAGUCAAAGUGCAUGACAUCUGCAUGUGGCAGAGCUCAAGUGAAGCCGACUUGCGCAGACUGAGCCGAUCGAUCCACUAUCCGGCCUCUGUCGUAGACCUGCUUCAGCCAUAUAUCCUUUUGUGCCAUCAGGGUAUGAUUGAGGUAAUUUUUAUCGAUGAUCUCCGGAAGAGUGGUGUGGAAGUAAAGCGAAGCCACAGCUUUCAAACAUACAGAGCCUUGGAAGAUGGAUCACUACAGAUCGAAUGUGAACAGCAUGAAAAGGGGCCGACUACAUUGCAUUCUGAGUAUCUUGUUGGAUGCGAUGGAGCCCGUUCUCGCGUACGAGGAAGUAUCCCAGACACGUACGCUCAGGGGACGCCGCAUACUUCAGUUUGGGGUGUUCUUGACGGUGAACUAGAGACCGAUUUUCCCGACAUUUGGAGCAAAACGGUUGUGUUCUCGGAAGAGCAUGGAUCCAUCCUCAUCAUUCCGCGAGAACGCAACAUGACGCGCUUUUACAUCGAGAUGAAGUCUUCAACAUCAGCCAAGCAGCUCGGCGAGGACUUUGUCAUGGAGCAGGCCAAGUUGAUCCUGGCUCCUUACAGCGUGAAGUGGCGCUCUGUUGAGUGGUUUGGCAACUAUCAGGUUGCCCAGCGCGUUGCUGCCCGCUUCUCAGACCCGGCCCGAAAAGCGUUUAUCGCCGGAGAUGCCAGCCACACUCACAGUCCCAAAGCUGCUCAAGGAAUGAACACGAGCGUCCACGACUCCUGGAAUCUCGGCUGGAAGCUCAACUUUGCCCUGCGAGGCCUUGCAAAGAAUGAUAUCCUGCUGGGAACCUACGAGCAGGAGCGCAAAAAGAUCGCACAUGACCUCAUCAACUUCGACUUCGAACACGCCAACGAGAUCGCUCGCGGCGAUGCCAAACGUUUAGCUGACAACUUCAAGACCAACACGCGAUUCAUCUCCGGCGCCGGAGUCGAGUACGGCGAGAAUGAAUUGAACCGCGGACAGUCAGGUGUAUUGAAGGGUGCCGCUAGACCUGGUUGUAACCUACCUCCCGCAAAGGCUACCCGAUAUAUCGACGCAUGUCCGGUUGAUGUUCAACUCGACAUUCCCAUACUUGGCCAAUUCCGAGUUUAUGCCUUUAUGAGCAACGUUUGCGAUACACCAGCAGCCAGGUUCCUUGCUGGUUUCAGCGACUCGGUGGCAUCGGAAUCUUCUCUGUUCACUCUCUUGUCAAAGGCGGCAGCUAAGUCGUACGAGAAGAAGCCGCGAGCUAGAAGAAAUGAUGAUAUCCAUGUGCGCCCUGAAAGAUACACUACAGUCAGUGAGAUUAGCACUUUUGCUCUCAUCACAUCUACGGACAAGAAUGAGUUUGAAAUAUCCUCUUUACCGGAAUUAUUUGCCCGAAGUGGCUGGACCAUCUACCUGGAUGACGUAGCACCUCUGGACACACAAGGUCGGACAUGCACAGACAAAUGGCUCGGUGGACUUGGAACAGACGAAGCUGCCAUCAUUAUUGUGAGACCCGAUGGAUACGUCGGUUCAAUUGGCCUAUGGAAGACAACAGAACCCACAGCAGGACAUUCAGCAGCCCAAUGGCUCGACGACUAUUUUAGUGGAUUCCUGCAAGUUACGGGGGCCUCAGUCUGA